AUGUAUGUGGUCGGCCAGUACGUGGUCGGCCAGUACGUGGUCGGCCAGUACGUGGUCGGCCAGUACGUGGCCGGCCAGUACGUGGCCGGCCAGUACGUGGCCGGCCAGUACGUGGCCGGCCAGUACGUGGCCGGCCAGUACGUGGCCGGCCAGUACGUGGCCGGCGAGUACGUGGCCGGCGAGUACGUGGCCGGCGAGUACGUGGCCGGCCAGUACGUGGCCGGCCAGUACGUGGCCGGCCAGUACGUGGCCGGCCAGUACGUGGCCGGCCAGUACGUGGCCGGCCAGUACGUGGCCGGCGAGUACGUGGCCGGCGAGUACGUGGCCGGCGAGUACGUGGCCGGCGAGUACGUGGCCGGCGAGUACGUGGCCGGCGAGUACGUGGCCGGCGAGUACGUGGCCGGCGAGUACGUGGCCGGCGAGUACGUGGCCGGCGAGUACGUGGCCGGCGAGUACGUGGCCGGCGAGUACGUGGCCGGCGAGUACGUGGCCGGCGAGUACGUGGCCGGCGAGUACGUGGCCGGCGAGUACGUGGCCGGCGAGUACGUGGCCGGCGAGUACGUGGCCGGCGAGUACGUGGCCGGCGAGUACGUGGCCGGCGAGUACGUGGCCGGCGAGUACGUGGCCGGCGAGUACGUGGCCGGCGAGUACGUGGCCGGCGAGUACGUGGCCGGCGAGUACGUGGCCGGCGAGUACGUGGCCGGCGAGUACGUGGCGGGCGAGUACGUGGCGGGCGAGUACGUGGCGGGCGAGUACGUGGCGGGCGAGUACGUGGCGGGCGAGUACGUGGCGGGCGAGUACGUGGCGGGCGAGUACGUGGCGGGCGAGUACGUGGCGGGCGAGUACGUGGCGGGCGAGUACGUGGCGGGCGAGUACGUGGCGGGCGAGUACGUGGCGGGCGAGUACGUGGCGGGCGAGUACGUGGCGGGCGAGUACGUGGCGGGCGAGUACGUGGCGGGCGAGUACGUGGCGGGCGAGUACGUGGCGGGCGAGUACGUGGCGGGCGAGUACGUGGCGGGCGAGUACGUGGCGGGCGAGUACGUGGCGGGCGAGUACGUGGCGGGCGAGUACGUGGCGGGCGAGUACGUGGCGGGCGAGUACGUGGCGGGCGAGUACGUGGCGGGCGAGUACGUGGCGGGCGAGUACGUGGCGGGCGAGUACGUGGCGGGCGAGUACGUGGCGGGCGAGUACGUGGCGGGCGAGUACGUGGCGGGCGAGUACGUGGCGGGCUAG